GAUCUACAUUAUCAUAAAAUUAGGGUUUCAAAAUCUCCAUUCAGAAAACAUUAACAGCUUUUAUAGAUCAAUCGUCAAGCUCGUUCGGUGAAAUCGCUUCCGGUUAUGGAGAUGGAACGUGUUACCGAGUUUCCGAUGAGUCAGUUGGAUCUUAGGCCGAGAAAACGACAGCGUUUGGGCUGGGAUGUGGCUCCUCUCACGCCGAAGGCUCAGGUAGGGUUGUUUUGUGGACAAGAGAUUGGGGAUGUGCCCAGCUUUGCACUCUCUGGGGCCCCAUCAGACUAUAUUAGUUCGUCCAUUCUUAAGCGUGUGGCUCGAAAUGUUUCUCCUCCGUGGCGCCAAGAUGAUAAAGAUGGGCAUUAUGUGUUUGCAGUUGGAGAUAAUCUAACCACCCGAUAUAAGAUUCAUGGAAAAAUGGGCGAAGGUACCUUUGGACAAGUUUUAGAAUGUUGGGACAAAGAAAGAAAAGAGAUGGUUGCAAUAAAAAUAGUUCGUGGUAUAAAGAAAUAUCGUGACGCUGCUAUGAUAGAGAUUGAUGUGUUGCAACAACUUGGUAAACAUGACAAAGGGGGCAACCGUUGUGUGCAAAUAAGGAACUGGUUUGACUAUCGUAACCAUAUCUGUAUUGUUUUUGAGAAGCUUGGACCAAGCUUAUAUGAUUUUCUACGCAAAAACAAUUAUAGCUCAUUCCCAAUUGACCUAGUUCGGGAGAUUGGCAGACAACUUUUGGAUUGUAUAGCAUUUAUGCAUGAAUUGAGGCUGAUACACACUGAUUUAAAACCUGAGAAUGUGCUUUUAGUCUCUUCAGAGUAUCUGAAGGUGCCUGAUUACAAGGGUUCUUCAAGGUCACCAAAAGAUGGUUCCUUUUCUAAAAGGGUCCCAAAAUCAAGUGCCAUUAAGGUGAUCGACUUUGGUAGUACAACGUAUGAUCGUCAGGAUCAGAGCUACAUAGUAUCUACUCGUCAUUAUCGUGCACCAGAAGUUAUUUUAGGACUUGGAUGGAGCUACCCUUGUGAUAUCUGGAGCGUCGGUUGUAUUCUUGUUGAACUAUGCACGGGUGAAGCUUUGUUUCAAACUCAUGAAAACUUGGAACAUCUUGCAAUGAUGGAGAGAGUCUUUGGCCCGUUGCCUAAUCACAUGUUGAGGAGAACAGACCGACAUGCUGAGAAGUAUGUGAGAAAGGGUAGAUUGGACUGGCCCGAGGGUGCAGCAUCAAGAGAAAGUAUUAAAGCUGUGACGAAGCUACCUCGACUUCAGAACUUGAUUAUGCAGCAUGUGGACCAUUCUGCAGGGGAUCUGAUUCAUUUGCUGCAAGGGCUUUUAAGGUAUGAUCCAUCAGAGAGGCUAACGGCACGAGCUGCACUAAGACAUCCUUUUUUCACGAGGGAUCAUCUAAGACGGUAUUAGUCUUAAAAGUUAAACUUCGGUCAAUUGGAAAGAUCGAGGAGACAACACGCAAGCCAACGAUCAGGCACUCUUUGACUGUACAGAAUUAUAAACCCCCUAACAUAGGGUUUGGUUGGUAUUCAUGCAAACAACAGUCUUCUAUAGCAAACACAUCUGAUUGACUGUAAUUUUACUGAUUAUGCUUUGUACAAACCGUGAAGUUGCCUACCUGACUUUGAAUGGGUGACGUCAUGGUACUUGUAAUUUGUAGUUUUUUUGUUUACAGCUGAUAAUUAUUUGAAAUGCAGUUUUUUACUUUUUAUAAAAUUAUUCGUUAUAUAUUGA